UUUCUCCUUUGUUGUUCCAGGCGGAGAAAGAGAUGGUAGCUUGCUGUGUUGAGGUUUUCCUGAGAGGUCUGUGAAACUUUAGCUGAAUUUGACUCCCAAAGAGUGGGUUAAAACUAGCUAGCCUUCCGCCAGAGCUAGUUUGUAAAGAUUUUCAUAAAAUAGGAAGAGAAACAAAACGAUGCGGCUUUUGUCGGUUUAGAGGAGCUGGUGAGUUCAUAAAGAGCCUUGGGAUAAAGUUGAGGGGAAAACCGGGUUUUUUUUGGUACCCUACCUUCCGUUUCUUCCUCUCCUGACAUUGUCAAGAAGUUCCCGCUGCUCAUCGCCACAGAUGGACUUGAGAUAAAAUCAGCUGAAGCUCUACCUUCACCCUGACCUCCAGCUGGUCCCAGAGCCCCAAGCAUUCACCCAGAAUGACCGACCCCACCGAGCUGAGCUCUGAGGGAGAGGGGACUCGGGUGGACAUCUGCAGUUUGGAAAUAGAGAGACAGUAUGACAUCAUCCCUACUGUCAUCUGCUCCAUGUGUUGCCUGUUUGGCAUCAUCUACUGCUUCUUUGGUUACCGCUGCUUCAAAGCUGUCAUGUUCCUGUCCGGUCUCAUGUUCGGAUCGGUCAUCAUCUUCCUGCUGUGCCACAAGCAGCACGUCCUGGACACCCAGCUGAGUGUGGAGGCCAGCGCGGGGAUCAGCCUCGGUAUCGGCCUCAUGUGCGGGCUGGUCACCAUGCUGGUGAGGAGCGUGGGCCUCUUCAUGACGGGCCUGUUGCUGGGACUCUUACUGGCUCUCGCCGGCCUGCUGAUCACUCACCAGUUCUACACGCCAACCAGUCUCUGGGUUCCUUUAGGCUCUCUGCUGGGAACGGGCAUGCUGUUUGCCGUGCUGACUCUGCAGUGGCAAAAGAUGUUCACCAUGCUGUCCACGGCUGUGUUUGGGGCGGCCAUCAUGACUGUGUGUGCUGAUUACUUUGUGGAGAUGCUGGCUCUGGCCUCGUACGUGUACGACUGCCUGCGCCUCUCACUCGGCCCGGUGCUCUGCUGGUACAGCUGGGUCAUUCUGGGAAUCUGGCCAGCUCUUAGCCUCAUUGGAGUUGUGAUCCAGUGGAAACUCACGGAUGACAGCUUCUCACACACCGAGGUGGUGGUCAAUCGGAGACAGAAGAGAGUCCAGCUGAUGCGGAUUCGAGAGAAGGACGCCAAGAAGCGACAGCAGGCAGGUGGGCAGGAAGGCAUAUAUCGCCGUAAACCCACCCCAGUCAAACGUUACGCUGGGGAUCUACUGGCACCGAGCUACCUACAAAGUUUGCGCGACAGACAGACGGGAACAGGCACUUCCCUUAGCAGCCUCGGCGCCACCAGCCAAACCGUGAUCGACUUGGACUACGACACCGGCUCCACGGUUCCACUCACAGCCACGACUCCUGUCGUCAGGGUGUGAGCCACUUCCUCCCCAACGUACAGCACCUCCUAUAGAAGGAUGUUUAAAGCGUCUUCCCAACGUAGACCAGAGAACCGAUUUAACUUAGUUUUGCUGGAAAUCCCAUGUGGAGCGAUAGCGCCCUCUGUGAAUGCUGUUCUCCGCAGGGCAACGAUGGGCGUUAAACUCCCGUUUGAUGUAAAACCACUGCAAGGAAAACAGACACUCGUUUCCACUCAUCAUGUGUUAGAUACACAGCAGCAAGUCCGAGCCUGAGAAACAGAAGCAUAUCUGUUUAACGUUAAGUACUGUACUUUAGUUGUUAGCCAUUACCGUGGAAGGUCGUAUUAUCACUGAUCUGAGGUCUGUGGUCACAGGAAUUGAGAAAACCUUUAAAGCCACUAUUUUAAACAGUGGCGGGAAGGUAAAAUAAUGCAUGUGAUAUUAGGUUUGACUAAGUGAAGCAGAAAUUAGAUUUUUAAAGUCCUGUGUCAGUGGCACCACUUUAGACCAUCUGUUUUUGUUUUUAUUACGUAGCAUUUGUUUCAGUACAAUCAGUGAAGAGUUAAGACUGUGGAGUUUUUUUUAAAUAUAAUUUAUGUAACAACAAAGUACCUGGUAGUUUUUUUUUAUUAUUUUAAAGCACAAAAGCUUGUUUGUCCUACAUUUGUUCUAGAUUACAGAAUACUUUUUCAUUUUGUUACCUGAAUAUGUAAAUACCUGUUCAUAGAAUUGACCUGGAAGAGUGGAUUUGUUUAAUAAAAACAGUUUUAACUUA